AUGCCAGCCAACGAAAGAACCCCCCUUGUUGGUAAUAACAACAGCCUCCCCCACCACAAUGGUUCGUCCGACCACCACGCAGGAGGACCCCCGAACCUCGUCAAAUCCCUCUACUGGAUCCUUACCUGCUCUUGGAUCAAUGUUUUCCUCGUCUUCGUACCCCUUGGUAUUAUUGCUGAACACUUGCACUGGCCAGCUAUCUGGAUCUUCAGCUUGAACUUCCUCGCCAUCAUCCCUCUCGCCAAAAUCCUUGGAGAUGCUACCGAACAAGUCGCAUUCAAGCUGGGCCAAACCCUUGGUGGAUUGCUCAACGCCACCUUCGGUAACGCCGUCGAACUCAUCGUCGGAAUUGUCGCAUUGAUGCAAGGGCAAUUGCGAAUCGUACAGACCUCUCUCAUCGGUUCUAUCCUCUCCAACAUCUUGUUGGUGCUAGGAAUGAGUUUCGUAGCCGGAGGAUUGUUCAGGAGCGAAAACACUUUCCAACAAACCGCAGCCCAAGCAUCCGGCUCGAUCAUGACUCUCGGUUGUAUUACUCUUGCUAUCCCCGCAGCAUAUCACAUGUCCAUCAAAACCUCAAAAGUUUUCGCAGGCGACUUUGAAGCACUUGCCCUUCUCAACGAGCCUAUUGUUUAUGGCGAAAAGGAUGCUUCCGGAUUGCUCUUCAUCUCCCGCGGAACUUCUCUGAUCUUAGUGGGAAUCUACAUCCUCUACCUCUUCUUCCAGCUCAAAUCGCACGCAUUCUUGUACGAGGCAGAGGGGGAGGAUGAAGAUGAAGAAGAAGCAAAAAUGUCUCCCAUCGCCGCCAUGAUCGCGUUGUUCUCCGUCACCCUCCUCACCGCUUUCAAUGCGGACUACCUCGUCGGCGCGAUUGACGAAGUUGCGAAGGAAUACGGCAUCCCUAAGGCGUUUAUCGGUGUCAUCUUGCUUCCUAUCGUUGGAAACAUGGCAGAACACUUGACCGCGGUGUGGAUGGCAGCAAAAGGUAAAAUGGAAAUUUCGCUCGGAAUUGCCAUCGGCUCUUCUAUUCAGAUCUCAGUGGGAAUGAUUCCGAUCCUAGUACUGGUAGGAUGGGCGAUCAAGCAGCCGCUGACACUGUACUUUGAGACGUUUGAAACCGUGAUUUUGGUCGCAGCGGUGUUUUUGGUCAACACGCUGGUGCAAGAUGGAAAGAGUAACUAUAUGGAAGGUGCCAUGCUCUGCUCACUUUAUGCGGUUGCUGCGCUGAGUUUUUGGGUUAGUCCUGGUAAGGAGUAA